AUGGCUGGAAGGAGGGAAUUAGGGUUUCCCAAAAUGAAUACUGGUAGUUUGAAAGAACAGUUGGUGAGGACGACUCUGAGGAAUGUGAGAUCAAAGGGGCACAUGUAUGUUGAGCUCAGGGAAGAUGGAAAGAAGUUGAUAUUCUUCUGUACUUUGUGUCUUGCACCGUGCUAUAGCGAUUCAAUAUUGUUUGAUCACUUGAAAGGUAAUCUACACUCUGAAAGGCUUGCUGCUGCAAAAGCUACAUUGUUAAAACCAAAUCCUUGGCCGUUCAAUGAUGGUGUGUUUUUCUUCCACGGUGAUUCAUCAGAUCAAGAUAAGAGUUUACCUGCUUCAACUUCCAAGAGACUUAAGUUGUUAGACACCCAUCAUGUAGAUGAGGAUAACCUUGUUAGUUGUGAUGAUAACUUGGUACCUAAUGAUAUUUCACAAGUUGUUGAGGAUGAUAUGGGUUGUAAUGACAGCUCCCAUGAUCAGCAUCUGAAUGGAAAUGGUUCUGAUCUGGUUAUCCCAGGCGUGCUGCAGAAAGAAGAGGUGUCUAAUUUGGUUGUGAGGCAGAUAGGUGUUGGACGAAUUCCUGCUAGGAUUAGUGAGAAGGAUGGGGUUUCUAAUGAAAUUCGUAGAAUAUGGUGUGAAUGGCUGGUGAACAAGGAUUCUGCCAAAGAGGAUACUUACAUGGUUCCAGAGCAUGACUUCGCUGUUGUUGCCUUUGCUUAUAAUUACAAUUUAGGUCGAAAGGCUUUACUUGGUGACAUUAGAUAUUUGCUUCUCUCUAGUCUUACUUCAGAAGGUGAGGACAUUGGCAGUUUUAGGAGCAAGAAGCAGAAAUCAUUUUCUGAUCCUGAGGACAUCAGUGAGACUCUAAGUAACCAAAUUGACUCUUCUGGAGAAGAGUCUCAAUCUUCAAAUAAUCCAAACUCAAAAUUAGUGUUAGCUGGGAAUGAUGAUCAGCUGGUUGAAUCAAGAAUUAUCGUAAGCAAAUCCAUUAGGAAAGCAUUGAGGAGACAGCAUACCGUUGCUUCUGAGAGGUUAUGCGAUAUCUGCCAGCAGAAGAUGCUGCCGAGUAAAGAUGUGGCUGCACUCUUGAACAGGAAAACUGGAAGACUUGUCUGCAGCAGUAGAAAUUUGACUGGGGCUUUUCACAUAUUCCAUAUUUCCUGCCUCAUUCACUGGAUACUUCUGUGUGAGAAUGAAAUUUAUGUAAAUCAGUCAGUUGCACCUAAAGCGAAACGAAAAUCCCGGAGAAAGGUUAGAGCCAAGGAUGGUGAAACAGAGAAGAAAGAUGAGACAAAAGCCACAAGCAAGCAAAUAUACUGUGUGUUCUGCCCAGAAUGCCAGGGCACUGGAAUAAACAUCAAUGGUGAGAAGCUGGAGAAACCAACUGUACCCCUCUCUGAGAUGUUUAUGUACAAGAUCCAACUAAGUGACGCCCAUAAAGCAUGGAUGAAGCAUCCCGAGGUGUUGCAGAAUUGCUCAAUGGGCUUUCAUUUUCCUCAGUCUGAGGAUAUGUGUCAGGAGAAUGUAGUUCCACUCAAACUGCUGCACUUCUAUCGUGCCAAUGACUAA